ACUACAGCGGUUUGCCUGUUCUUUUAAGGCCGUCUCUAGGCGGGGUGGUGCCUGAGGUGUCCGGGUUCCGUACGGGUCGGCCGUCGUCCCCUCGCUGACCGCCCGCAGCCCGGUCCCACCACCCGCGCGACGAGUUUUGGUUCGCCAUGGCCAGGGGCCGCCGCGGCCAGCCGGGCGUGAGGCCGCCUUCCGCCUCCGCAGCCCGCGCGCUGCCGUGGCCCCUGGGCCCGCGGGCGCCCGUGUCGGUGUGAGCGCAGCCCCUGCGCCUGGUGUGCCCGGCCUCAUGGCCUCCGAGCGGUCCCCGCCGCCGUCGCCCGGCCCCCCGGAGCCGGAACUGGCGCAGCUGAGGCGGAAGGUGGAGAAGCUGGAGCGCGAGCUGCGGAGCUGCAAGCGGCAGGUGCAGGAGAUCGAGAAGCUGCUGCACCACACGGAGAGUCUGUACCAGAGCGCAGAGAGCAACAACCAAGAGCUCCGCACGCAGGUAGAAGAACUUAGUAAAAUUCUCCAUUGUGGGAGAAACGAAGAUAAUAAAACAUCUGAUGUAGAAGUACAGACAGAAAGCCAUGCUCCUUGGUCCAUUUCAGAUUAUUACUAUCAGACAUAUUAUAAAGAUGAUAGUCUUCCCAAUAAAGAGACUGAACUCUCUGUACAGCAGAGUCACUAUGGUCAAGCUUCUACUUUUAAUUCUAAAGAAGAGUCACAAAUAGAAAAUGAUAAUUAUACUAGUACUGACGUAACAGAAAAUGUUAAAUGUGGGCAAGAGGAUCAUUUCACCUCAAACUCGCAGGAGACAGCAUCUGCUUUAGCAGCAGAAGGCACAGCCUUAGAAGGCUCAUCAUUAGCUGAAAGUUUGAGAGCUGCAGCAGAAGCCGCCGUGUCACAGACUGGUUUUAGUUAUGAUGAAAACACUGGGUUGUAUUUUGACCACAGCACUGGUUUCUAUUAUGAUUCUGAAAAUCAACUAUAUUAUGAUCCUUCCACUGGGAUUUAUUAUUACUGUGAUGUGGAAAGUGGUCGAUACCAAUUUCACUCUCGAGUAGAUUUACAACCCUAUCAGACUUCUAGCACAAAACCAAGUAAAGAUAAAAAACUGAGGAAGCGAAAAAAGGAUCUGGAUUCUUCUGCAGCAAGUGAAGAAAAGGAUUUGAGUUCAGAAGAUCAAAGAGCCUGCAGUAUUGAGUUUAUAAACUGCAGUGAGGAAGAAAAGCCUACAAAUGCGAAAAAGAAGGCCAAAAUAGACAUUCAUCACAAAAGUAGUCCCUCAGCAUUCACUGUUUCAAGUAGUAGAAAUAUUGUAGAAUCUCCUGUUAAUGAGAACAUUGCUAAUUCAACGUCCUUUAAAGAUGAGAAAAUCAGAGAGAGUGAUAGUGAGCCUGAAGAGGGUGAAAUUACAGACUCUCAGAGUGAGGACAGUUAUUAUGAAGAUACUGCCAGUGAAGAUGAGGACUCUGCGGAAGAAUCAGAGGAUGAAGAUGAAGAAAAAAUUUGGCCUCCCUGUAUUCGGGUGAUUGUUAUCAGAUCCCCAGUGUUGCAGACAGGAUCGCUGUUUAUUAUCACAGCAGUAAACGCUGCCACAAUCGGGAGAGAAAAAGAUAUGGAACACACUCUCCGAAUCCCAGAAGUUGGUGUUAGUAAGUUUCAUGCAGAAAUUUAUUUUGAUCAUGACUUGCAAAGUUACGUACUUGUGGAUCAGGGCAGUCAGAAUGGCACAGUUGUUAAUGGAAAGCAGAUUCUUCAGCCCAAAACUAAAUGUGAUCCUUACGUCCUUGAACAUGGUGAUGAAGUGAAAAUUGGGGAAACUGUGCUGUCCUUUCAUAUUCACCCUGGCAGUGAGACCUGUGAUGGCUGUGAGCCAGGGCAGGUUAGAGCUCACCUUCGCCUUGAUAAGAAAGAUGAAUCUUUCGUUGGUCCAGCAUUAACUAAGGAAGAAAAAGAGUUGGUAAGAAGAAAAGCAUUAAAGAAAAUACGUGUUAAGUAUGGAUUGCAGAAUAUAGACUAUGAAGAUGAAAAAGCCUUGAAGAAUCCAAAAUAUAAAGAUAGAGCUGGAAAGCGCAGGGAGCAGGUUGGAAGUGAAGGAACAUUCCAAAGAGAUGAUGCCCCUGCAUCUGUUCACUCUGAAAUUACAGAUAGCAACAAAGGUCGGAAGAUGUUGGAGAAAAUGGGUUGGAGAAAAGGCGAGGGCCUGGGAAAGGAUGGUGGAGGCAUGAAAACGCCGAUCCAGCUUCAGCUUCGACGAACACACGCGGGCUUGGGGACAGAGAAACCAUCCUCAAUUGAUGAUGUCCACCUUCUCCAGAACAAGAGCAAAAAAAACUGGGACAAAGCACGGGAGAGGUUUGCUGAAAAUUUCCCAGAAACUAAACCUCCAAAAGAUACAUCAGGGACCACGCCUUGGGUGAAAGGGACUGUGGAAUGAUGGACAGUCACAGAAAUGACUGGAGCUUUUUUAAAAAACAAAAAAGAGUUUAAAACUCUUAUUUUAUUACAGAAAUUAUUGUCCCUAAAAGAGAAACAGGUAGGAACUCUGUUAAAAUAAUCCUGUCUUGCUUCAGAAAUGUCUAAUAAAGUAUGGAUUGCAGCUUUUAGAGAGUGUUUCUUAGACCAGUGAGCAGUAACUAGAUGAAGGCAGUCAGUGGCUCACGUUGGCACUGAUGGAGCUUGUCAAAUGCUUGUUAUUUGAUCUUGUCAUUUAUAUCACCCAUCGAGAGGACAACUAGCCAUGUAAGCAAAAUUCAGAUAGCCACUAAUGACUUAAAUGUACGUUUGUCCUGUCUCUAUAUAUUCCUUAUUAUAAGAUGCACAGAAAAAAACAUCAAAAGUUUAUAAAAAUAAUUCUAUGUGUAUACUUGUUUAUACCUUUUAGAAUUUAGAUUUUUUUUUUAAGUCAAGAAACUAUGAAUAGUGGUAUAUAAAUUUUAUUAACCUUGAAAUAACUGAAGUAAUAAUGAAGAACUGAUGAGCAGGUGAUAUGUUGUAGAAAAUUAGUCUCAUACUGUUUUCUUCUGUGAAGAAUCUGUUGAUUUAUACUAGAUAUCCAGCAUUUGUCUUUGGUCUGUUUCCUAGCUGAUGAGAUACUUAGAUAUGGACAACAGGUUCAGUACUGGCAUAUUCAUGUGCUGGCAUUUGUAGUUUUAAUAAAUACCAUUGCAGGCAAUGGAGUUGGUCCAGAGAAAUCUAAUGUCUAGUGCAGACAGAUUACCUAGCCAAAGCCUCAAAAUAUUUAUUGAAAUGUUCUUAAUGCAAUAAAAAAUCAUUUUAGCAUUUAAAAGACUUGAUUCCUUGAACUAGUGAUUUAAACAUAUUGAUGUUCUUUGAAUUUGCAACCAGCCAGAUUGUCCACUUUGAAUUGGCAUCCAGUGGCAGGAGAAAAAUCUACAGGGAGCAAGUGUCCCAGUUACCACUGGAUUUUUUUCUUUUCUGACAACUAUUCACUGGAAAAUUGACACUGGAAUUGACCCUUUUCUGACAGUAAAUAUAAGCUACAGCUCUUCUAUCUUAUAAAGAAAUGCCUUCAAGAUUUAAAUAAGGGCAGAAAAUUCUGACAAUGAAAACUAUCCAGUAGCAGAAAUAAUUCAGAAUGAAUGGUUACCUAGUAGAACUUACAGUCUACACAGCACAAAGAAAUUAAGAGGAAAGAGAGUGGGGCUGAGAAGUUAGUUAGUACUAAAGGGGAGAGAUAGGAUCAAACAAAAUCAAGUCCCUAGAGGGUGAGGAUGGGAUAAUUAGGCCCUGGGGGAACUUCUAACUUGUGUGUGUACACACACACACACACACACACACACACACACACAUAUACACACAUAUAUUUGACUUGGAGGCAGGAAUGCCUUGCAUUAUUUUCUCUAAAAUAGGAAAAAAAUUGCAGGCUGGUACUGCUGUCCUGAAGAGAUAACUGCAGAAGACCUUUGAAAUGAGCUUUGCUUCUGGUAGCUCUCACUCACUUGGUUAGUAUAAUGACUGUAGUAGUCUCAUUUUUAUUCUACUUUGGGGAAAAUGAUUUUCAUAGGCUUUUUUUUUGCUAAGAAAAUGGAAAACUAGAAAAUUGUGGUAAAAAUUGAAAUAUGUGUUGUACUUGCAUUUUAACACCCUUUGCAGAUCUAAAGUCUCAGGGCUACACUAUGUAGUAUUAAUGUACUGACUAAUGUCUGGGUCUGCCUCCUUCUGGAAAAGAAGAACUUGAUCUCACUUGUCUCUGUCAAACAACGAGAAAAUGUAUGUAUAACCACUUGGUAAACUGUAAAGUAGUACAUGUGUGAGCUUCUGUUUGUUUAGAAGCAGAAAAGUGAGCUAUGUACAAUUUGAAUUAUGCAUAAAACUGUUUUACAUGUAACAUU